AUGACGUUUUCCAAGGUUUUAUGUCUUCAAGUCUACCUAGGCCUGACAAUUCUAACAACUGCGAUCAGGCUAAACUAUACCGGAGGUAAGACAAUGAAGAAAAGUACCAGUUGCGUAUAAGCUGACAAAAAAUUUUUGAGAAUGAUACUAUUGAAAUUCUGACUCUUCAGACAUUCCGUACCUGACCGUAUCUUUUGAUCCGAGCGGAAAUGAAACCUUUGAAGUGCCGUUGUACCUUGAAGGGGAAUCGUUCUUCCUUGGGGAGGAAUGUGCUGACGCUGGAACUUGCACCGAGACCAAUCAUUCGAUAGUAUACAACCCAGGGUAAGUGAGGCAUUUGGUCCACGUACUAUCAAAGUUUGGGUCCGAAAAGCGCGCCUAGACCAAGAGAGUGCCUUGGGGAAGUGUGAACGUCGAGAAAAAAAGAUAUGGCAAACAAAAAUAAGUACUUUUUGGCAAAGCAAAAAAACUCCCAAAAAAUUGGAUUUUCCUUUACCGCAUCAUUUCUCCUCAAGAUGUCCUCUUCACCAAAGUGCUCUCUUUGCCAAGGUGCCCUCUACGCCACGGUGCCCUAUUCGUCAAGGUGUCCUCUCAGCCAAGUGCCCUUUGCGUUAGGUCCCCUAUUGGCCAAGGUACCUUCUUCGCCAAAGUGUCCUUUCCGCUCAGGUUCCCUCUUCGUCAAAGUGCCCUCUUCGCUCAGGUUCCUUUUUCGUCAAGUUGCCUUCUUCACCAAGGUGCCCUCUUCUGCUCAGGUUCCCUUUUCGCCAAGGUGAUCUUUUUGCCAAGGUGCCCUUUUCGCUCAAGUUCCUUAUUCGACAAGGUACCCUUUUCGCCAAGGUGCCCUCUUCUGCUGAGGUUCCCUAUUUGCCAAGGUGCCGUCUUUACCAAAAUGCCCUCCUCGCCAGGAUACGCUCUUCGUUAGGUUCUUUCUUCGCCCUAUUCGCCGAAGUGCCCUGUUGGCUUAGAUUCCUUCUGCGCCAAGGUGAACUCUUUGUCAGGUCCCCCCUUCGUUGCACGUAUGCUGAGAGCAUUCUUUGGCAACCAGUGCCCCCGUAGAGCCUAGAAAUCUUUUUCCCAGAAAGUACCACGGCGUAAAGGGCGAUGAGAUUACGUUGAAGUCGGGCGGCACUUCCUUAUUUGGCAACAAAUAUCAAGGUUCGCUGAUUACCGACUUCACCAACGACCGUGUGGCUACAUUCAACGUAAUCAACAACAGUACAGCGCCGAUUGAUCUGGAAGCGGCGGGGAGGCUGAGUCUCGACUUCUCCAACUACACCAUGGACGGGUAUUUCGUUGAAAAUGUUUUCAAAAACCUGCAAACAAAGCAAAUCAUUUUCCGCCGUGGUCCAGUGGAGCAAUACUUGGUAGGGUAUAUAUGUAUAUAUAUAUAUAUAUAUAUAUAUAAUACAUAGAUAGAUAUAGAUAUAUAAAUACAUAUGACACAUUGAAAUUCGGUUUAGAAAACCGGCUACAUCAACGGAACGAAAGGCGCCAUGGAAAUUGGCGUCAACGAAAUGUAUGGUUGCAACAUGACUGAAGCCAAGUAUAAAGUCAAGCAUAGCAGAGGAUGGAAGAUUGUUGGCGGGUACGUAAAAUUAAUAACUCUCGAACGAUAUAUGUUGAGUCCCGAGACGCAAAGAUACAACAAUAUACACCCUUUGCCAGACAACAAACAAUUCUUGUAAAACAAAGCAAUGAAAAAAACGAACGAACUUUCUGGACGACCCAAUAAUAGUCCGCUGAUGACUAUAACCCCACUGUUUACUUUCAGCAUCCAAAUCGGCGACGAACUUCAUGACUACCCCGUAAAAUUCUCGCUCAACGAAAAAGUCCUGCUCCCACGGCACCUCUACAAUUACAUUUAUCAGAGUCCCUACAAGAACCUCACCCUCCGCGAGCUCGCCUCGUACACUCUGUACUUUGACAACGAGACCGCGUUCGCGCCCAACUACACCAACUUCCUCAACUACAAGACAAUCUACCGGGAUGUGCUGGACCUGCAGGUGGAGCCGCACGAUGAAUUCGUCGUUCUUCUUGGGCGGCCCUUCCUCGCCGACUUUUGUUUGAUCCUGCGGAAGCGGGGCGAUGAAUUGAGCGAUUACGAGAUUGGGUUAGCGCCCUCGUACCCGUUGGACGAUGAUCCGCAAUGGGAGGAUGAUGUAGCGCCCAUUCGCCCCAAAGAAGACGAUGAUGAAGACGAGAGCGACGAGGAUGAAGAUGAUGGUGCAAACAGCAACGGCUUGAGCUUUUUUAUUGUGUUGUUGGCAUUUUUUGGCAGUAAAGCUUAG